UCCACGAUUCGUAACCAAAAUAAAUCAGGAAUUCUCCGACACGAUGCCAAUGCUGUCACUGCGAUUUCUACACCAAAAAAUUUCACCUAAAACCCACCACUAAUCUCAAUUUCGAUCUGGUUUUGUAUCCGCUCUACAGCAGCUCUACAGCAUGGUGGUCUGCAAAUGCCGCAAGGCGACUAAGUUGUAUUGCUUCGUCCACAAGGUGCCGGUGUGUGGGGAAUGUAUAUGCUUUCCGGAACACCAAAUCUGUGUGGUGCGUACUUACUCGGAGUGGGUAAUUGAUGGAGAGUAUGAUUGGCCUCCUAAAUGCUGCCAUUGUCAAGCUGAUCUUGCAGAAGGGACUGACCCUCAAACUGCUCGAUUGGGCUGUUUGCAUGUGAUACAUUCAGAUUGUUUAGUUUCGCAUGUUAAAAGUUUUCCUCCGCAAACAGCUCCUGCUGGAUAUGUCUGCCCAGCCUGUUCUACACCGAUAUGGCCUCCGAAAAGUGUGAAAGAUUCAGGAUCACGCCUCCAUUCAAAGUUGAAAGAUGCAAUUAUGCAGACUGGUUUGGAGAAAAAUGUAUUUGGGAACCACCCAGUACCACUCCAGGGAGUAGAAUCCCGUAGUCCUCCACCUGCAUUUGCUUCCGAACCCUUGGCACACACCUCUGAUGUUAAAAUUGCAGCUUCUACUGAAAGACCUGAAAAUCUGGAUAUUUUGGAGAUAGAUGGAUAUGGCUCUGGGACGUCAUCUUUACCCAAUCAUGGACCCGACUUUAUGAAAAACACAAGUCCUACUGGUCCUGGUGCAACCACAAGAAAAGGUGCUAUGCAAGUGGAGAGACCAAACUCAGAGGUUCCAUACUAUGCCGACGAUGAAGACGCAAAUAGGAAAAAGUACUCUCGAAGAGGUUCAUUUCGCCAUAAGUUCCUCAGGUCAUUGCUGCCUUUCUGGUCUAGUGCAUUGCCUACUCUACCAGUGACUGCGCCACCAAGGAAAGAUGCAUCUCAUGGGGAUGAUGGCCCAGAACGCCGUACAAGGCACCACAAGACUUCACGAAUGGACCCAAGGAAGUUGCUCUUAGUUUUAGCCAUCAUGGCGUGCAUGGCGACAAUGGGUAUUCUAUAUUACAGAAUUGCACGUGGUCUGGGUGACGAAUUGGGCGAUGACGAGCCACAAUGAUCAACCUUUGAGAGUGAGUGAUUCAGGCUACAACACAGCCGAUGAAGGACCUUUGUUAAUUUUAUGGUUUUUGUAGAAAACACAAAAUCUCCAAGAUGUGAUUUUUGGUCUAAGCAAUAUUCAAUUUCGUAACCCUCUCUCCCGUGAUCUUGUUUCCGAAUUGUGUAGCUAAAGUACCAUUGACAAGUUCAGAGCGAUGUAAUCGAUUGAAUUGUACUACCUUUUAUAUGGGACACUGGUUUGAAUGAUUUAAAACUUCAGUCAGUAUUGGGCUUUGA